AUGAACAUCUGGCUCAAAUUUACCGCCAUCGUGGUCGUAUUCUUUGCGGUUCUCGAGGCCUCUUUCCAAACAUGGCUUCCUAACCACUAUGUCUUCGACAAGCAGGUUCUUCAAGAUCUCGUUCAAGAAACCUUGAAAGCCAACCCAGGUGCUGAUGCCCUCCAGAUCAUGACCGCCUUGACUCCAAAGCUUCAACAGGCUUACCCAGGCCUUAUUAAUGACCUCAACUUCGAGGACUGGGUUUUCAACAACGCUGGUGGAGCCAUGGGUAACAUGAUCAUCUUGCACGCGUCCAUUUCCGAAUACCUCAUCUUCUUCGGUACUGCUAUUGGUACCGAGGGUCACACUGGUGUUCACUAUGCUGAUGACUACUUCACCAUCUUGUACGGUAAGGAGCUUGCCGCUAACCCGUUCUCCUUGGAACCAGAGGUGUACAAUCCAGGUGACCAACAUCACUUAGAGAGAGGUCACGUCAAACAGUACCUGAUGCCACCUGGCUCUUACGCUCUUGAGCUUGCGCAGGGCUGGAUUCCGGCCAUGUUGCCAUUUGGAUUCGUGUCUGUGCUCUCGUCGACACUCGACUUCCACUCUUUCAUGAGAACUGCCUGGUUCACUGGCUACGAUAUGGUCAAGAACUUGGUCAGGGGUAAGUUCUAG